CGCUCCAGCUUGCGAGGAUCCUCCCGGGUUUUAUGGCUGCCGCGCCCUCCUCCCUCCUGCCCGCCUGCUCGCCAGCCUCCUCCCUUCGCGCUCCCUCGCUCCGCCUAACGCGGCUGGAUCAGUCCUUCGGCAUUUCCUGCAGCCAGGCCAUCGCCGCCAGCUGAGUCCCCGCGCCCGGCCCGGCCUGGCUCGGCCUGCAGCACAGAGGGAGCGCGCGGCACGGUAGGAGCCCAGUGGCCAGGAAGCCACCCAGUGCCCACGCCAUGAAGGAGGAGGUCUUUCUCCGGCGCCGUUUCUCACUGUGUCCGCCGACCUCCACCCCGCAGAAGACUGACCCCCGGAAACUCACGCGGCACCUGCUGCUGGGCUGUGAGAAUGAACUCGGCCCAGUUGGUCCAGGGAAGGAUAUGGAGCCCCACAGCCCAUCACUGCCAAAGGAGGAAGAGCCCCCAACCCCCGGCUCUGCAAAGAUGCCACCGGCAGAGUACCGGCUGUGCAAUGGGUCUGAGAAGGAGAGCAUGUCCCCAACAGCCAGGGUCUCCAAGAAGGAGACUCUCAAGGCACAGAAGGAGAACUACAGGCAGGAGAAGAAGCGAGCUACGAAGCAACUGUUCAGUGCGUUGACUGACCCCAGCGUGGUCAUCAUGGCUGACAGCCUGAAGAUCCGGGGGACCCUGAAGAGCUGGACCAAGCUGUGGUGCGUGCUGAAGCCAGGGGUGCUGCUCAUCUACAAGACCCCCAAGGUGGGUCAGUGGGUGGGCACCGUGCUGCUGCACUGCUGCGAGCUCAUCGAGCGCCCCUCCAAGAAGGACGGUUUCUGCUUCAAGCUUUUCCACCCACUUGACCAGUCUGUCUGGGCCGUGAAGGGCCCCAAAGGCGAGAGUGUGGGCUCCAUCACACAGCCCCUGCCCAGCAGCUACCUGAUCUUCAGGGCCGCCUCUGAGUCAGAUGGCCGCUGCUGGCUGGACGCCCUGGAGCUGGCUCUGCGCUGUUCCAGUCUGCUGAGACUGAGCUCCUGCAAGCAGGGUCGCGACGGGGAGCCGGGGUCCUCGCCCGACGCGUCUCCCUCCUCAGUCUAUGGGCUGCCCGCGUCGGUGGCCGUCCCCCCGGACCAGGACUUGUUCCCGCUGAACGGGUCUUCCUUGGAGAACCACCUGGAGAAUGACGGGUUCUCAGACAAGUCCGAGCGAGAAAAUGCCGAAGACUCAGAUGCAGAGACCCAGGACCACAGCAGGAAGACCAAUGAGAGUGGGAGCGACCAGUCUGAGGGCCCUGGGGGGCCGCGAAGAGGAACCACCUACGUGGAGCAGGUCCAGGAAGAGCUGGGAGAGCAGGGUGAGGUGUCCCAGGUGGAGACGGUGUCGGAGGAAAACAAAAAUCUGAUGUGGACACUGCUGCGACAGCUGCGGCCUGGCAUGGACUUGUCACGUGUGGUGUUGCCCACCUUUGUGCUGGAGCCACGCUCCUUCCUCAACAAGCUCUCGGACUACUACUACCAUGCUGACCUGCUGUCCAGGGCUGCAAUGGAGGACAGCGCCUAUGGCCGAAUCAAGCUCGUGCUACGGUGGUACCUGUCUGGCUUCUACAAGAAGCCUAAGGGAAUCAAGAAGCCCUACAACCCCAUCCUAGGGGAGACCUUCCGCUGCUGCUGGCUCCACCCCCAGACCAACAGCCGCACUUUCUACAUAGCAGAGCAGGUGUCCCACCAUCCACCCGUGUCUGCCUUCCACGUCAGCAACCGAAAAGAUGGCUUCUGCAUGAGUGGGAGCAUCACAGCCAAGUCCCGAUUCUAUGGGAACUCAUUGUCAGCUCUCCUGGAUGGCAAGGCCACACUCACCUUCCUGAACCGAGCAGAGGACUACACCCUCACCAUGCCCUAUGCCCACUGCAGAGGGCUACUGUAUGGCACUAUGACCCUGGAGCUGGGAGGGAAAGUGACCAUUGCCUGUGAGAAGAACAACCUUCAGGUUGAGCUGGACUUCAAACUCAAGCCUUUCUUUGGGGGCAGCACCAAUAUCAACCAGAUCUCAGGAAAGAUCAUGUCUGGAGAGGAGGUCCUGGCACGUCUCACUGGCCACUGGGACAGAGACGUGUUUAUCAAGGAGGAGGGUAGUGGAAACUCCGAGCUCUUCUGGACUCCAAGUGAGGAGGUCCGCACACAGCGGCUGAAGCGGCACACGGUGCUAUUUGAGGAGCAGACAGAGCUGGAGUCUGAGAGGCUCUGGCAGCAUGUUACCAAGGCCAUCCUCGAAGGUGACCAGCACAAAGCCACACAGGAGAAGUUUACGUUGGAGGAGGCACAGCGGCAGCGUUCCCGAGAGCGCCAGCAGAACCUCACGCCCUGGAAACCACAGCUCUUCUGCCUGGAUCCGCUCACCCAAGAGUGGCAUUACCGCUAUGAAAACCAUAGCCCCUGGGACCCUCUGAAGGACAUCGCCCAGUUUGAGCAAGAUGGGGUUCUGCACACCCUGCAACGAGAGACCAUGGCUCGCCAGACCACCUUCUUGGGCAGCCCAGGCUCCAGGCAUGAGAGACCUGGCCCAGACCGGCGACUCCGCAAGGCCAGUGACCAGCCCUCAGGCCACAGCCAGGUCACUGAGAGCAGUGGCUCCACACCUGAGUCCUGCCCAGAGCUCUCAGAUGAGGACGGUGACUUUGUUCCUGGCAGUGAAAGCCCAUGCCCUCGGUGCAGGAGGGAGGUGCACCGGCUGCAGGCCCUACAGGAGGCCGUGUUGUCCAUCAAGGAGGCCCAGCAGGAGCUGCACAGGCACCUCUCGGCCAUGCUGAGCUGUGCAGUGCAGGCCAGGCAGGCACCACCCCCAGGCCUCCUGCACAGCCCCCGAUCCUGGUUCCUGCUCUGCGUGUUCCUGGCCUGCCAGCUGCUCAUCAACUAUGUCCUCAAAUAAGAGCCUUGGGGCAGUGAGACAUGGUCUACAGAACUCCAGCAGCCCAGCUCUCCCUCCAGGCACCCAGCACUUUAAGCCCUGUGGAGGCAGAGACUCAAUAGGCACAGCCACCACAAAAAAGAGACCGUGCCCAAAGGACAGCAGACAGACCCUGUGGACAUCAGUGCUCUGCAGCCUGAGUGUGGGGCCCUCUGGAGCAGGGGGGCAGUGGCCUUUGCAAGGGGGCAUAGGCCUUGCCUGCAGUGCUCUGUGUCCAGCGCUGGCCUUAAUGCUAAAGCCAAAUGCAGCUUCUGUCCUGAGAGAUGCCCUGGUCCUCUUGCCUCAUGGUUGUCAAUCCAGCCCACAUGGCAUCAAUGGAUGUGGGGUAGGAGGCCUGUCUAGAUGUUGGAACAGUCACCACUAGUGGCAGUAAGUGAGCACGGUUUAGAGGAGCAAAGCAGGACACCCAGGAGCCUCCAGGGCUCAGCCUCCAUGAUACUCCAUGAGACCUGCCUUCCUGGGAUCCUGCCUGCAAUGCUGAGGUCACCCUGGAAGGGCCCCCAGUGGGCCCUGGGUCAGGCUGGGGCUGCCCUGGGGAAGACACUAGGGCUGUUCUGCAGAAGAUUAUGGGGCUUUUAUUCUGCCACUGUGCUGUUUGGACAGUGGCUAAGUACAGGUAGGUACCAGGCCUCUCCUCAGCCCCACAGUGGGAAGAGCCUGCCCAGCCUACCUUGAGUACGAGCUUGUACCCAGGAGCAGGGCACAAGAGGUGGCCCUGGAGUCAGAAGGCUCAAGCUUGUGACACUGCAGUCUUCCCAUUCGUUUUACACUUUUUUACUACAUGUAAUAAUUGCAAUAUUUUAGGCCUCUGGCCCCUGGUUCCUGUGUCAGUGGCGCUCUGUGCGUUUGUUCGUGCGUGCGUGCGUGCGUGCGUGCGUGUGUGUGUGUGUGUGUGUGUGUGAGCAUCUACACAUAUUUACAUUCAGAGCCUUAAACUUCUCUGUGGGUGCCGUCUCAAUGUAACUGACCCUUCUAUGUUCCUUAUUUUAUACCCAUGUUCUCGUCUAUCUCCCUUCCCAAUCUGGGAACAUGUCUGUGCUCCAUGCCUUGAAAUAAACAGAUACACAUGU